CUUUUGGAAACGCAACACAUGGGUUGACCUGAUUGAUAUAUGGGUCAGAUUCCAUUAAGGUUCGGAACAUACCCAAGUGUUCCGCUGGCAGCCGUACCCUGCAGCUGUAGCCAUACUAGUCGUACCCUCCUCGCACGACGCCCCCGGGAGGAGAGGGGAUAGCUCCUGCUGUGUGUAGCCAUGAAUCGCCUGCUGUGUCACUGCAGGGGUUGGCUUGGGCCUCAGACCAAGCCUGGGAGGCUGCUGGGUCAACCGGGGGUCCACCUCUGCAGGCGCCGCCUCCUUCAGGGGGUUCCCUUCCCCGUCAGAGGCUACAGGUCCCUCAGAGGUGUAUAUGGUUAUAGACCCGAGCAGCCCAGGCCAUUCUCAUUACCAGAAGAUGUCAUACAACGAAGAGCAGAAGAGAGUAAUAUUUUCAGAUUCAUCAGUGCUUAUCGGGAAUUUGGACACCUCAAAGCUGAUGUCAACCCUUUACAACCAAAUGAUAGGCUGGUGCCUGAGUUAGAGCCUGAACUGUAUGGUCUUAGUGCUGACAAAACUUACAAAAUUAAAAGCCUAAUAACUGGGUACGAUGAGCCCUGCACAUUAGAACAGCUGCGAGAUAUUCUACAAGAACAGUAUUGCGGACAUAUUGGUGUGGAGUUUUCCUAUUUGCCAACUUUAGAAGAGAGAGAGUGGUUUGCAACAGCCUUUGAAACUAUAAACAAGGAAGCUCUAUCCACUGAAGAACGCACCAGUCUGGCUGGAGACUUGUUAAGAUCUCAGGCCUUCGACAAUUUUUUGGCCACCAAGUUUCAGAGUGUCAAGAGGUAUGGAGGAGAGGGAGCCGAGUCCUUGGUUAUCUUCUUUACGGAAACUUUUAAGAAACUUGCACAAGAUGGGGUUGAACAAGCAGUGUUAGCCAUGGCCCAUCGUGGACGGCUUAAUCUCCUGACUGGAGUUCUGCAGUACCCACCAGUUGUUAUGUUUCAGAAGAUGAAGGGCUUGCCAGAGUUUCCUCCUGAUGUGGAGUUUACUGGGGAUGUUCUUUCACAUUUAGUUAGCUCAGUAGACUUAGAGAUGGGGGAACAAGCCUUGCACGUCACAAUGCUACCCAACCCAUCCCACCUAGAAGCUGUGAAUCCUGUGGCUUGUGGAAAAACUCGUGCAAGGCAGAGGAGUUUAGGUGAAGGUUGCUAUUCCUCUGACGUUUCUUCUCAGCAUGCCGAUAAGGUUGUUUGUAUUCAGGUCCAUGGAGAUGCUGCAUUGGCAGGGCAGGGAGUAAUGCAGGAAACACUAGCACUGUCAAAUGCUCCAAAUUUUACCAUUGGGGGAGCCUUGCAUGUGUCCAUUAAUAAUCAGGUUGGCUAUACAACCCCUGGAGAGCGCACUCGAUCAUCGACGUAUUGUACAGACAUCGCCAAAAUGUGUGGUAUGCCAGUCAUACAUGUAAAUGGAGAUGAUCCAGAGGCUGUUGUCAGAGCUGCUCGUUUAUCAGUCCAGUAUCAAAGGAAAUUCCGCCGAGAUGUGUUUGUUGAUUUGACAUGCUGGCGUCGAUGGGGACACAAUGAACUGGAUAAUCCUUGGUUUACCAAUCCUUUGAUGUACAGCAACAUAGACUCUCGCAGGAGUGUGCCGGACACGUAUGCUGAUGCCUUGGUGACGGAAGGUGUACUUACCCGAGAAGUGGCUGUGAAAGUUGUAGCGGAUCACUUGUCUUUUCUAGCUGAGCAGUUCAAACAAGUUGAUUCUUAUAUUCCUAAGGCUCCACAUUUAGAGAAGCAGUGGUCAGGAUUUGUUCAGGCCCCGAGUGCCGUUGAAGUUUGGGAUACUGGGGUGGAUAUUUCUUUGCUGAAGUAUUUAGGAGCAAAAUCUGUCUAUGUACCUGAGGAAUUUAAUGUCCAUAAACAACUCAAGAAGUCUCACAUUGACACUCGUCUUCAUAAACUUAAUGAAGGGCAUGGCUUGGAUUGGGCAACUGGGGAGGCAUUAGCCAUGGCUUCAUUAUUGCAUCAAGGUUUCAACAUACGCAUUAGUGGUCAAGAUGUGGGUCGGGGUACAUUCUCUCAUCGACACUGCAUGUUGGUUGAUCAAGUAACUGAUGAAAUGUAUAUUCCUCUCAACCAUAUGAGUGAAGAACAAGCUUGCUGUCUUGAGGUUGUCAAUAGCAUUCUAUCUGAAGAAGCAGUACUGGGCUUUGAAUACGGAAUGUCAGUGGAAAGCCCUAACACACUCUGUAUUUGGGAGGCACAGUUUGGAGAUUUUUACAAUGGUGCCCAAAUUAUGAUUGAUACAUUUGUGUCCUCAGGAGAAAGAAAGUGGCUGACACAGAGUGGUUUAGUGAUGGUUCUGCCUCAUGGCUAUGAUGGUGCAGGUCCAGAUCACUCAUCGUGUCACAUAGAACGCUUCUUGCAAAACUGUGACUCAAGUGAGAUUUCUCCAGAUGGAGAAGAUGUCAACUGGUGUAUUGUAAAUCCAACAACUCCUGCACAGUAUUUCCAUUUGCUCCGGAGACAGGUAUUAAGGAACUACCGCAAACCUCUUAUCGUUGCUGGUCCAAAGUCUAUUCUUCGUCUGUCAGCUGCAUCAUCUAGCAUAGAGGAUAUGGCUACUGGGACACACUUUCUACCUGUUAUUGGUGACAAAGAUGUGAACCCUGAUAAUGUGAAGAAAGUAAUUUUUGUUAGUGGAAAACAUUAUUAUGCUUUAGUGAAUGAGAGAAAAGCCCGAGGCAUCACGGACACUGCAAUUAUUCGGUUGGAGGGUCUCUGUCCAUUCCCAACAAAUGAGAUAAAUAGUGAAUUACUUAAGUACAAGAAGGCCAAGAAAUUUGUUUGGUCGCAAGAGGAGCACUACAACAUGGGGGCUUGGGUUUUUGUUCGGCCCCGAUUUGAGAAUUUAUGUUCUACGAAGCUGCAGUACAUUGGUCGUGAUGUAUUAGGCGUGACAGCAGUUGGAGUUGGGCUAGUGCACAAACAGGAAAUUCAAGAUAUAAUGCACAAGACUUUUAGUGUCUGACCUAUUAAUACUCACAUUCAGGUAACACCGUAUACAAAAUUCAAAACUUAACUCACGCUUCGAUAUUGCAUAUUGCAGCAUCUGCUGUGAGUACUCGGAGCAUAAGUAGUUUAAAUAUCAUAAAAAUCACAUAAAUUGUUGUGCAAUAUUUUGGUCUUAGUUUCAUAUAAUUUGAUUAUACAUAUAUUUGGAAAAUACUGUAUCUUAAUUUUGUUGAAGCCUAAAACAUUUCAGAGUAAUUGCUGGAUCAUAUGAUGCUCCAUUCCUUUGAAUGCCAAGUGAAUUGGAAUGGAAAUAUUUAAGAAAUACGCGUAAAGAAAAAAUCAAGUAAAAAAUGGUAAGAAUGAUUUUAAGUUGUAUUACCUGGUAUUAGCUGUUUGUGUGUGUGUGUGAGACUGGCUAGCUGACCAGCAAGAAUGCCUGUUGCAUAACAUGAUGCAAUAAACCUAUCCAUCGAUAGUUUCCUUUUUGCCAUAGCAAUCAAUAUUCCUACGUAUUUGAAUUUAAAAAUACAGUAUAUAUUAUGCAGUAUACUGUAGUGUUAAAGAAGUUUAAAACAUGAUUCAUUAUUAUGCAUCUGAAAUAAAUGUCGGCACAGUACAGACAGAAAGUAAUCAAAUAGCCAUCAGUUUGGCCAGCAUUACAGUGGGGGAUAUUUUAAGGCAUUUUUAUGGAACAAAAGUCCUAUGGAUUUGCAAAUAUGGUGCAGUAUUUAUGCUCAUCGAACAAAUUCCUUUCAUUAGUGAGUUGUAUAUCCUAGGACAGUACAGUAGUAACUAUUUUUUAUUUAUGCAAUAUCUUUAAAAUAUCUGAUCCUUUUAAUUUUAUGCUAAAAACAGUUUCAUAUGGUCAUAAAAUUUAGUUUUUUUGAUAUUAGGUAGAGUAGCCUAAUGACAAGUACAGUACAGUAUUUUUUAGUGGGGAUAUUCUGGCUAAUUAUCUUUAUUUCACACUAGUGACUUGAAACAUAAAGACUUAUGUAGGAUCAUAAAAUUGAGUUGCAUAUUGAUGUAGAGUAGUGCACUUGUAGAAUCUCAUGAAGUGAUUUUAAUAUAAAAUAUAGUACAGUAUUGUACUAUAUCCAUGAAUCAUAUGAGACCAGAAGGCAUGGCAGGAUAUGCAGAAUACCCCUGUUGAAAAGCAGAGGUGCAAUAGGGACUGAGAGAGAGCUCUAUCAACAUCUGAGACCCGAGACUGUUCAACAUGCUUCCACUACACAUAAGGGGCAUAACUGGCCGACCCCCUCACAGUGUUCAAGAGAGAACUGGAUAAGCACCUCCAAAGAAUACCUGAUCAACCAGGCUGUGAUUCAUAUGUCAGGUUGCGAGCAGCCGCGUCCAACAGCCUGGUUGACCAGUCCAGCAAUGAGGGGCCUGGUUGUGGACCGGGCCACGGGGACGCUAAGUCCUGAAAACACCACAAGGUAACCCUCGAGGUAAGAUAUGAAGGUGAAAAUGAAAGGGGGGGGGGGCAAGUAUGUAGUUUUAUCACCAAGCAAGAUUGUCGUCCCACCAAAAUACUGUACAUCACAUACCCACCAACACCCCUACAUCCACUACUCUCUCUCAAUCCACAACAUGGCCCCAGUCCCUCCCCCCUUCUUCCAUACACCCAUACAUUUACUCCCCUCCUUCCUCAAGAAUUUGCAUUUUUUUAAGAAUUUUACAGUAUAACUUGUAAUGUGGGAAUUCCUGGCAUAGGGAACCAGGGAUACUUUAUUCAGUCAUAUACAUCUGAGUGAAAGACUGCUAUUGACUGUUCAGAAAAAUUGGAUUGGUGCUUCAAGUAUUGUACAGUAUUAUCUAAUUAUAAUGUUUCCAGUCAGCAAGUAGGCUUGGCAAAUUAUUUUUAUAAUAUUCAUGUUUGUAUUCCUAAACAUAAAUUUUGUUAAAUGUGGCAUUACAGUAUAUUCAAAUAUUUGAUAGCAGGUAGAGGUGAGGAUUUGUUUGCUUUUAAGCAAAUUGUUCUUUUUCAGGGUUAAAUUUUAGUGCUAUUAAUUUCCCAUGCCGACUUAUCCUGAAUUAUAUAGUACUGUACUAAUUUUACAGUGUUUUGUUUUUCAAUUUGUUAUUGUUUUAACAUUAAUGAUUUGGGAAUAUUUUUGUUCUUGAUUUAGACGAGAAUUAUUAUGGUCGACGAUCUAAAAUAAGACAGUUUUACCGUCUGAAAAUAUAUUUAUAACAUGACCUAAUAAAGUAUAUUAUAUA